CCACUGGCCUGGGACUCCUGCAGGAAACUGGAAGGAAGGCGACUGGAGAACAAAUGCUCAGGGGAGAAAUCUUCCGAGCCGGAGUUUGAGGACACGAGCGCAUUUCUGGAGUAUUGCACAUCCGCGGGACAAGGGGAAGCUUCUUUGCUUUCUUUUAAAAAAGAGACCCAACACUGUGCAGCAUACUAGGCAGGGUUGCAGGGCAGCACCCACAGGAGAAAUCCAGCUGAAGAUGCUGUUUUCCUCUCGUGGAUCUUCCAUGCCUCCAGCUUCCACUCCACCCAAGAUAAUUCAUCACCCUGCUGAUUAUUUUAUGAUGCAUGACAGUUUGUGCCUGGAGCUUCCAUAUUGGCUCAAAUCUGCUAGGCACUAUUCAGACACAUGAGUCUGUGCCCUGAAGAGUUUACAGUCUGAAUGGACAAAGGGAUUAUCAUUAGCCCCGUUUUACAGAUGUGGAAACUGAGGCAUGGUGUGAUGAAGUGACUUGGCCAAGGUCAAUCUGUGGUGUAGCCCAGAGUGGAAUCCACUUCUCUUGAGUCCUGGUCCCCAUCCUUCCUCCUACUGCUGAGGGGAAAACUUUAAACGAUACCUAGUGGGCCUGGCGUGCUGGAAACAAAUUUCCCAGUGAAAAGAUAAAUUCGAGGGGAUGCCCGAGAUGCCUUCCGCGUGUGCUGCCACUGCCUGUUCUGUGUAGCCAGGUCACUCCUAAUGGCUGCCCCCUGCGGGUACAAAAGCCUGUUCCUUUUUUAGGCAUCUGAAGGAGUUUUAGCGGUGCUGAAGGAGCUAGGUCCGAGCCACACUAACCACCGUGAUCGCUGUACCACUCCAGCAAUGGCUCGUUGCACAUUGUGUCUUAAAACGGGGUCUCCAGGGCUCCCCUUGUUGUUUUGUAUCUCAGAUGCAUAAGGGCAGCGCACACAGACUAAUGUUCUAGCAGGCCAGCAUUCAGGCUGUAAAACGGAUUGCUUCUAUGCACUGCUUUCUUGGUAAUCUGCAAGACCAGAAAUGGAAAUGGAGACUGGACUAAACUCAGGCCUGGUGUAAGGAAGCACAGUGGAGUUGCACCCACUUACGUUAGGCCCGGAAAGCAUAUUCGACUUGGGGGUGGGAUAAAAUCUUAUAGGCCAGAUUUAUAUCUGGUGUAAUUUUUGUGCACGAGUGAAUUUUGCCCUUGCGUGCAGAGGUGUCACUUUAAAGCGUGUGUCGAGCCCCCUGUCAUUCUGCCGGCGCUGGGCUGUGUGGUGCAUGCUGUGUGGAAGCCCUUUUAAAGCAUAAGGUAGGAGUUGUAAGCUCCCACUUGGGGCUCCUGCAGCCGUGUCCAUGAGAUGACUUUUUUUUAAAAAAUAGGCAGGGAAUAACGGCCCCCUCCAGUCAUCACCCUGGGCCUGCUUUUAAAUUGAGAUGAAAAUGGGUUUUGCUUUACGCAAUAGUUAGCCUAAAACAAAUGGCAGCUCUCAUGAUAUUCGCCUGGCCAACGUUCUGUGCUUAUUAGCCAGCUCUGUCACUUGGUCACUGGAAGGAAUCCCUCCGGGGCUUGAUACUCACUGGCUUCAUGUUAUUACUGUAACCGCAUGGCUGCUGCUCCAGCUCCCAGCCAAAGGGAGAAGAGAACAGAGAUGUUUCUAAACUCGGCUUUGGCUUAGUUCAUUUUUUUUUUUAAUUCCGUUUCCUGCGUGACCUUGGGCGAGCCACUUAGAUUCCCCGAGACUCAGCUCCUCACCUGUUACACAGGGAUCCAAAGGCUUCCUCGUCUGGUCUACCUGUAUCGCAAGCUCUUCGAGUCGCUUACCAUGUGCCUGGACAGCACCUAGCCCCAUGGGGUCCUGGUCUCCAGUUAGCUGCUGAGAUGCAAGCAACUGCGGGCUUCCAUGCAUCAUCUGACCUUUCACCCCCACGCUUGUGCCUUUGGUGAGGAUUGUGGAGACAGGAACAGAGGGUUUUGGUUGGUUUGUUUCUUCACCCUCUUCUUAACAGAAAGUUAUGCAAAGCCCAGAGCCUUCCUCUGGCUGCUCAGCUGGAAUCCUCCAAAGGGCCGGGCAAAGGACUUUGUAAAAACCGCCCAACCUAGGAACCUCCUGUGCUUGGCCUUCUGCUGCGAGAUGGAUGCUGGAGCAGACCAGAGCUGCUGAUGGGAAAGUGACCGAGAGGGGAGACAGAAACCAUGCUGCGUCCCCUCGGAAAGGCUGCAGCCGGCCUUGACACUGCCUCUUCCUUGGCUCUCUGAGAAGCUCCCUCCCACGCUCCCUCCCUGGUAAGACUUAAAGGUGGAGCCGGGCUGUGGAGCCAGGGAGACGAAGGGGGCUCGGUGCCGCAUGGCUCUCUAGGCUGCGUAUCGGGGCAGGGUUUCGGCGUGUUGUUGGCGAUGCCUGGGAAGAGCCAGGGAUCUGUUUGCAUGGAGCAGCUCUCCUUCUGCCUACUCCUGAGUGUUUGCAGUUGCUGGUGGAACCCAGCCGGCUCGGCUAAACCAAAGGGCCAGGGGCAUCCACACAUGAACUCCAUCCGCCUCGACGGGGAUAUCACCCUGGGAGGCCUCUUCCCUGUGCAUGGCCGGGGCACCGAGGGCAAAGCCUGCGGUGAGUUGAAGAAAGAGAAGGGCAUUCACCGGCUGGAGGCCAUGCUCUUUGCCCUGGAUCGCAUCAACAACGACCCUGACCUGCUCCCGAACAUCACCCUGGGUGCUCGCAUCCUGGACACCUGCUCCCGGGACACCCACGCCUUGGAGCAGUCGCUGACCUUUGUCCAGGCCUUGAUCGAGAAGGACAGCACUGAGGUGCGGUGCAUUAAUGGUGGGCCCCCCAUCAUCACCAAGCCGGAGCGCGUGGUGGGGGUGAUCGGUGCCUCGGGCAGCUCCGUCUCCAUCAUGGUGGCCAACAUUCUGCGCUUGUUUAAGAUACCCCAGAUAAGCUAUGCUUCCACUGCCCCUGACCUGAGCGACAACAGUCGGUACGACUUCUUUUCCCGCGUUGUUCCCUCCGACACCUACCAGGCCCAAGCAAUGGUGGACAUAGUCAAGGAGCUCAAGUGGAAUUACGUCUCCACAUUAGCCUCCGAGGGAAGCUACGGCGAGAGUGGGGUGGAGGCCUUCAUUCAGAAGUCCAGAGAGGAUGGGGGAGUGUGCGUGGCCCAGUCUGUCAAGAUACCUCGGGAGCCCAAGGCGGGAGAGUUCGAUAAGAUCAUUCGCCGUCUCCUGGAGACCUCCCAUGCUCGGGCCGUCAUCAUCUUCGCCAACGAGGAUGAUAUCAGGAGGGUGCUGGAGGCGGCGAAGAGAGCCAACCAGACCGGGCACUUCAUCUGGAUGGGCUCAGACAGCUGGGGCUCCAAAAUCUCCCCUGUGCUCCACCUAGAGGAGGUGGCCGAGGGAUCUGUCACCAUCCUGCCCAAGCGUGUGUCUGUCAAAGGUUUCGACCGAUACUUCUCCAGCCGGACGCUGGACAAUAACCGGCGGAACAUCUGGUUUGCUGAGUUCUGGGAGGACAACUUCCACUGCAAGCUGAGUCGGCAUGCGCUGAAGAAGGGCAGCAACAUCAAGAAAUGCACAAACCGCGAGCGGAUCGGCCAAGACUCCUCAUAUGAGCAGGAGGGGAAGGUGCAGUUCGUCAUUGACGCCGUGUACGCCAUGGGUCAUGCCCUGCACAACAUGCACAAGAGUCUGUGUCCCGGCAAGGUCGGCCUUUGCCCCAGAAUGGACCCGGUGGACGGCGUGGAGCUGCUCAAGUACAUCCGCAACGUCAACUUCUCAGGCAUUGCUGGGACUCCGGUGACGUUUAAUGAGAACGGAGAUGCACCUGGCCGUUAUGACAUCUACCAAUACCAGAUCAAAAACUCCACUGCUGAGUACAAAGUCAUUGGGCACUGGACCGAUCACCUGCAUUUAAAAAUAGAGCGCAUGCACUGGCCCGGGGCGGCCCACCAGCUCCCCAGCUCCAUCUGCAGCCAGCCGUGCAAGCCGGGCGAGAGGAAGAAGCUGGUGAAGGGCAUCCCGUGCUGCUGGCACUGCGAGCGCUGCGACGGCUACCAGUACCAGCUGGAUGAGUUCCACUGCAAGAUGUGCCGCUUUAACGAGCGCCCCGACGAGAACCACACCAGCUGCGUCCCCAUCCCCAUCGUCAAGCUGGAGUGGAGCUCGCCCUGGGCCGUGGUGCCCGUUUUCAUCGCCCUCAUGGGCAUCAUCGCCACCCUCUUUGUGGUGGUGACGUUCGUACGCUACAACGACACGCCCAUCGUCAAGGCCUCGGGGCGGGAGCUCAGCUACGUGCUGCUGACAGGCAUCUUCCUCUGCUACGCCACCACCUUCCUGAUGAUCGCCGAGCCCAGCAUGGGCACCUGCUCGCUGCGGCGUAUCUUCCUGGGGCUGGGCAUGAGCAUCAGCUACGCGGCCCUGCUCACCAAGACCAACCGCAUCUACCGCAUCUUUGAGCAGGGCAAGAAGUCGGUCAGCGCCCCGCGCUUCAUCAGCCCCGCCUCCCAGCUGGUCAUCACCUUCAGCCUCAUCUCCCUGCAGCUGAUGGGCGUCUGCGUCUGGUUCAUCGUGGACCCUUCUCACUCCAUCAUUGACUUUGAGGACCAGCGGACUACGGACCCCCUCUUUGCCCGGGGUAUCCUCAAAUGUGACAUUUCCGACCUGUCCCUCAUCUGUUUGCUGGGGUACAGCAUGCUCCUCAUGGUGACAUGCACUGUGUACGCCAUUAAGACCCGCGGGGUUCCGGAGACCUUUAAUGAAGCCAAACCCAUCGGGUUCACCAUGUACACGACCUGCAUCGUCUGGUUAGCCUUCAUCCCCAUAUUUUUUGGGACGUCACAGUCGGCGGAAAAGAUGUACAUCCAGACCAUGACGCUGACCAUCUCGGUGAGCCUCAGCGCCUCUGUCUCGCUGGGCAUGCUGUACAUGCCCAAGGUGUAUAUCAUCCUCUUCCAUCCAGAGCAGAACGUCCCCAAGCGCAAACGCAGCCUCAAGGCGGUGGUGACGGCCGCCACCAUGUCCAACAAAUUCACUCAGAAGGGAGGUUUCCGACCCAACGGAGAAGCCAAAUCAGAACUGUGUGAAAAUCUUGAAACGCAAGCUCUGGCUACCAAACAGACUUACGUCAGCUAUAGCAACCACGCAAUUUAACUCCAGCUGAUCAUAACUACCCCGGGAGGAGUUGCUGGGGAGGAGGAGGAGAAGCUGGAGAGUUGAAUCACGUUGCUCAUCGCAGGAAGUCGGGGGGUGGGGAAGUUGGAUUCGAUUGGAAGACGGCAUUGUGGGUGCCUAAUUCUACUGGCUGGGCUGGUGGAGGAUGCUGCUUGGGAAGACGGCCAUUAACGUCGGCAAAAAAAACAACCAACCAACCAACAUCAAAACACACGCCUCUCGGGAGGAGGAAGAGGAACAACCGACCAGGGUGCACGUACAGUGGGGCGGAGGUGACAGACUUUAAUAAAUCUUUGGGGGAUUUUUUCCUGUAUCUUGGAAAAAUAAAAAAAAAAAAAUGCAGAUACCUUUUCCCUUUUCCACAAUUUGUGAGAUCGUUUGUGGUUGUGAAGACUCUUUCACUUUCUCUCUCUUUUUAUUUUGUUCAUUUUCCAUUUUUCUUUUGUUGUCUUCUUCCUCUGCCUCUCUUCACUUUUUAUCUCUCUUUUUCUCCAAGUUCUAUGUGUUGCAAAAAAAAAAAAUUAAAGAUUUAAAAAAAAACAACAACAAAAAAUUAAAAUAAAAUCUAGACUGUGUUCAAAGUGCUGAUUUCUAUAGGUGGUACAAUUGAUGUAUGUGAUGACCAUAUGGAUUGAAUUAUGUCUGCUUUAUGUACUGACCAAUCAAAAAAAAAAACCCAACAAAAAAAACCCCUAAGUUCAGUGCCUGGAUGUUUAUGAAUUAUUCGAUGAAAAGUAUAGAGCAUGAUCAUUUUUAUACGAGGAACUUUCUAAUAAAAGACCAUGGUUUUGCA